UUUUCCUUGCCUUUUCCAGGGACCAGCUAGAGAAGUGCAGUCAGUGUGAAGAACAGCAGAGCAGCUCCCAGACCAGUGAUGCUGCCGGCAUGGGAAAUGUGUGCCUACCUGUUCCUUACCAUUGGCUCUCAUUUCUAUUCUUUCUAUGAAGUGUACCAGGUUUCUCAAAAAUACAAAGAUGAAAUUGACAGAAGGUUUGGACUGGAACAAGGGAUUCUGUUCUGGGGCCUUAAGAAGGAUGCCUUGGAUUUUGAGUGGAGCUAUUGGAUUGAAUGGGGAAGGGAAUACAUACUGUGGCUUCUGGCUGGUCAUCUGCUGGUAUCACAAAUAUGCAGGCUAUUCAUGGACAAGUAUAAACCAUGGUGCUUGAUGAUGUAUGGAAUGGCUGCCUGCUGGUUUUUAUUAGGAAUGAAGGGCUUUGCAGUCAUUUUGUUACACGCAGCUAUUUCGUUUGCUGUGGCUCAGUUUCAGAUACCGCUCCUGACGUGGCUGUGCUCACUUAUCCUGUUAUCUACUUUACGCAUACCAGCAGUGGAAGAAGCCAAGAGAAAGUGGUAUGACACUGAAAAUGAGUAUUAUCUGCUCCUCUUCACGGUGUCUGUUCGUUGCCUCUUCAACACAAGUUUCAGCCUGGAAUAUUGCUGGCACGGACAUGCCCAGAAAUCAUCUCAUUCAUUCCUGUGGAUGCUGGCAUAUGUGUUUUACUAUCCCACGUUCCACAACGGACCCCUUAUGAACUUUGAUGAAUUUAGUAAGCAGAUGAGGAAACAAGAAGCCUUCAGUUUGAAGACCAAUCUUGGCAUCUUAACCAUGGGCAUAAUUCGUAUUUUCUUUUGGUGGUGCUUGGCUGAGCUAAUGAUUCACUUCAUGUAUAUCCAUGCUAUCUGCAGCACUUCUUCACCUUUGGAAGCUAUGUCAUACUGGGCCUUAGGUGGUGUGGCUUUAGCUCAAGUGUUAUUUUUUUACGUGAAGUACCUCGUUCUGUAUGGUAUUGCUGCCCUCCUUCUCCGGAUGGAUGGACUCAGACCUCCAGCCCUUCCUCGCUGCGUGAGCCUGAUGCAUAGUUUUACUAAAAUGUGGAGAAGUUUUGAUGUUGGGCUCCAUCGCUUUCUGGUCAGGUACAUUUAUGUUCCCAUGGGAGGAUCUCAGUCCAGCCUGCCAGGAAUGCUCUUUUCCACUGCCCUCACUUUUGCCUUUGUAAGCUACUGGCAUGGAGGACAGAGCUAUCUGUGGUACUGGGGAGUACUUAAUUGGCUUGGAGUAAUUGUGGAAAAUAGUGUCAAGAGGAUACUUUCUGUUCCACUUAUUCAGGACUUAAUUGAACGUUUCUUCUCGCCAAGAGUUCAUCGUCGACUUCAUGCUGUCCUAGCAUCUGUUUGCACUUCAAUGUUGAUUUUAUCAAAUCUAAUAUUUCUUGGAGGAAAUCAUGUUGGAAAAAUCUACUGGAACAGGAUCUUUAUAGAAGGCUGGCCGUGGGCAACACUGACUGUUCUCAGCUUGCUGUACUGCUACGCUCACGUUGGCAUCGAAUGGGAGCAUUCGUACGCUGUGACCCAGGAGUGACACAGAGCCACGAGUCCUGUGCCAGCUUACAGGGAGGGGACUUUUCUACACCGGACAACUAAUCUGCAGGAGAACGGGCCAGACCGCAUCAAUGUGUUAGAGCUAAAAGCUCAUUACACUCACUACACUCAUUCUGGACUGUGAAUUCAGUAAUCUAAGCAGAAACACUGACAACUACAGUACAGAGUGAAGAGACAUUAUCAAGCAAUUUAAUUUACUUUAUUUUUAUAAAACAGUGACACUUACGUUUGCUGCCAUUUUGACAUGCUGAAAAACUCUUCUUUUUCCUACACUGGACAAAUCAGACAAACUCCAGUCUCUCAGCUGCUGUCCAAGGGCACCCAGGGCCAUGCCCUGCACUUACAUUACUCCGUGACCAGCAGGAUGCUCAUCAGUUCUUUUUGAUUGCUUUCUGAUUUAGGGUAGAACAUUUCUGAUGUUCUCUCUGGCUGCAGUUUUUCAUCCAUAAAGCACUUUUCUACCUACUUACUGUAGCAAAGUCUGCUUUUUCUCAAUUUCAUUUUAAACUUUUUUUUUGGUAGUUCUAGGAAUGUUUUUGUUUAUCAAGAAAAGGCCUAGCUUCAUCUUUUUAAUAAAUAAACAAACAUCUUGUCUUUUUAAUCUCA